CUCCUUACCAGCUGCAAACGAAGAAUCACUUUGUAGAAAUACAUUUCUCUUCUCUCUCUGUCACAACAAACAAGGAAGCAAACAGAAGAAGAAGGAGGAGGAGGAGGAGAAAAGAGAGAGUUUCAAUGGACGCCGUUGCGGUGGCUCGUAUGGGCAGCUUGAGAUCAGGAAGCUCUUCCAUUUGGAAAGCAGAUGAAAUCUUUUCAAGAUCGGCACACGAAGAAGAUGAUGAAGAAGCUCUCAAAUGGGCGGCCCUUGAGAAGCUCCCUACUUACAGCAGGUUGAGGAAAGGCUUACUUACUAUGGCAGAAGGAGGGGGGAAGGAGAUUGAUAUUGAAGAUCUUGGAUUUGAAGAGAGGAAGGAGUUGUUGGAGAGAUUGGUCAGAGUUGCAGAGGAGGAUAAUGAAAAAUUUCUGAGGAAGCUUAGAGACAGAAUGGAUAGAGUUGGAAUUGAGCUUCCAACUAUUGAGGUGAGAUAUGAGCAUCUUAGUAUUGAAGCAGAGGCAUAUGUGGGUAAUAGAGGAUUGCCAACACUCUUUAAUUCCAUCAUAAAUAUUUUUGAGACCGUUGCUAAUUGCCUACAUAUAUUACCAAACAAGAAGAAGCCUCUAACUAUCCUUCACGAUAUCAGUGGAGUCAUCAAGCCUCGAAGGAUGACUUUACUCUUAGGACCCCCUGGUUCUGGAAAAACUACUUUGUUGUUAGCUCUAGCUGGAAAGUUGGAUUCAGACGUCAAGGUAUCUGGAAGAGUGACUUACAAUGGUCAUGGAAUGAAUGAGUUUGUGCCCCAAAGAACAGCUGCAUACAUCAGUCAAUAUGAUCUACAUAUAGGCGAGAUGACAGUUCGAGAAACUUUGUCCUUCUCUGCUAGGUGUCAAGGAGUUGGUACUCGUUACGACAUGCUGUCGGAGCUAGCAAGGAGAGAGAAGGCAGCAAAUAUCAAACCAGAUCCAGACAUUGAUGUUUUCAUGAAGGCAACUUCAAUGGAGGGACAAAAGACCAACAUUGUUACUGAUUACGUUUUAAAGAUCUUAGGUUUGGAUAUAUGUGCUGAUACAAUGGUUGGAGAUGAUAUGAGAAGAGGCAUUUCAGGAGGACAGAGGAAAAGAGUUACAACAGGUGAGAUGAUUGUUGGACCAGCAAAAGCUUUGUUUAUGGAUGAGAUAUCAACUGGCCUCGAUAGCUCGACGACUUACCAGAUUGUGAACUCACUAAAGCAAUCCAUCCAUAUACUUGACGGCACAGCUGUCAUUUCUCUACUUCAGCCAGCGCCCGAGACAUUCGACCUCUUUGAUGAUAUAAUUCUUAUAUCAGAUGGUCAAGUUGUGUAUCACGGUCCCCGCGAGCAUGUGCUAGAGUUCUUUGAGUCUCUAGGCUUUAAAUGCCCAGAGAGAAAAGGUGUUGCUGAUUUCUUACAAGAAGUAACAUCUAAGAAAGAUCAGCAACAAUACUGGCAACGUCACAACGAACCUUACAGAUUUGUGCCUGUAAGGGAAUUUGCAGAAGCAUUCCAAUCCUUUCAUGUUGGAGAGAAACUAACGAAUGAGCUUUCUGUCCCAUAUGAUAAGAGCAAGGAACACCCUGCAGCUCUUACAAUUUCAAAAUAUGGUGUUAGCACCAAAGAACUUCUUAAAGCUUGUUUUUCAAGAGAAUAUUUGCUCAUGAAAAGGAAUUCAUUUGUCUAUGGUUUUAGAGGAUUUCAGCUCAUGGUGAUGGCAACCAUAACAAUGACACUCUUUUUAAGGACUAAUAUGCAUAGAGAUAAUAUCUCCCCUGAUGGAGGAAUUUAUAUGGGCUCACUCUUCUUCUCAAUUAUCAUGAUAAUGUUCAAUGGUUUCUCUGAGCUUGCAUUGACAAUUUUGAAGCUCCCUGUCUUCUUCAAACAAAGAGAUUAUCUCUUUUAUCCUGCAUGGGCUUAUGCAAUUCCAACAUGGAUACUCAAGAUUCCUAUAACUGUUAUGGAAGUUGGUGGCUGGGUAUUUCUCUCCUAUUAUGUCAUAGGAUAUGAUCCUAAUGUUGGAAGGUUAUUUAAACAAUUUUUUCUACUACUAGCUGUCAACCAAAUGGCCUCAGCUUUAUUUCGUUUCAUUGCUGCACUGGGGAGAAACUUAAUUGUUGCCAAUGUUUUUGGAUCAUUUGCAUUGUUGGUGAUGAUUAUUUUGGGAGGAUUCAUUCUAUCACAUGAUAAUGUCAAGAAAUGGUGGAUAUGGGGCUACUGGAUCUCACCUCUUAUGUAUGCCCAGAAUGCUAUUUCAACAAACGAGUUCCUUGGCCACGCUUGGAGUCAUAUUUUGCCGGAACAAAAAGAAAGCCUAGGGGUACAAGUAUUGAAGUCACGUGGAGUCUUUACACAAGCAAAAUGGUACUGGAUUGGUAUUGGUGCAUUGCUUGGAUACAUGUUUGUAUUCAAUUUUCUUUUCACCGUUGCUCUUUCUUAUCUCAAACCAUUUGGAAAAUCCCAGCCAAGCAUAUCUGAAGAAACACUGAAGGAGAAACAAGCAAAUAUUACUGGAGAAAUGAUUGAAUCAAUGGAAAAUAAAUCUGAAGGAAGUGCAAACAUUAGAGCAGGCAACAAUGCAGUUGAAUCUCAACAAAACAAGAAAGGAAUGGUUCUUCCUUUUACUCCACUCAGCAUGACAUUUGACAAUAUAAGAUACUCUGUGGACAUGCCAGAGGAAAUGAAGGCCAAAGGGAUUCAAGAAGACCGUUUGGAGCUAUUAAAAGGUGUAAGUGGAUCUUUCAGACCAGGUGUGCUCACAGCGCUGAUGGGCGUUAGUGGGGCUGGUAAGACAACUUUGAUGGAUGUAUUGGCCGGAAGAAAAACUGGAGGAUAUAUAGAAGGAAGCAUCAUGAUAAAUGGUUAUCCUAAGAAACAGGAAACCUUUGCUCGAGUUUCAGGAUAUUGUGAACAAAAUGAUAUCCAUUCCCCUUAUGUGACAGUUUAUGAGUCUUUGGUUUAUUCAGCAUGGCUUCGAUUGCCUGCUGAGGUUGGUUCUGAAAAAGGAAAGAUGUUUAUAGAAGAGAUAAUGGAGCUUGUGGAACUUACUCCAUUGAGGGGAGCAUUGGUGGGAUUGCCAGGAGUAAAUGGACUAUCAACAGAGCAACGCAAGAGAUUGACCAUUGCAGUUGAGCUCGUUGCUAAUCCAGCUAUUAUAUUCAUGGAUGAGCCUACAUCUGGACUUGAUGCCAGAGCUGCUGCUAUUGUCAUGAGAACAGUAAGGAAUACUGUAGACACUGGCAGAACUGUAGUGUGCACAAUCCAUCAACCUAGCAUAGACAUAUUUGAAGCAUUUGAUGAGCUCUUCCUAAUGAAACGUGGUGGAAAAGAGAUCUAUGUAGGACCAUUGGGUCACCAUUCUAGUCAACUGAUUAGUUACUUUGAGGGAAUUGAAGGAGUAAGCAAAAUAAAGGAUAGCUAUAACCCAGCAACAUGGAUGUUAGAAGUGACAACAAUAGCACAAGAGGAAAUACUAGGGGUUGAUUUCACUGAUGUCUACAAGAAUUCUGAAUUGUUUCAGAGGAAUAAGGCUUUGAUCAAGGAGUUGAGCAUACCUCCACCUGGUUCAAAUGAUCUUUUCUUCCCAACACAGUACUCGCAGACCUUCGUUUCUCAAUGCAUGGCUAGCCUUUGGAAACAGCAUUUGUCAUACUGGAGAAAUCCACCAUACACAGCAGUGCGGUUUUUCUUCACAUUGAUCAUAGCCUUGAUAUUUGGAACAAUUUUUUGGGAUCUAGGUGGCAAAAAGAGCAAACAACAGGAUUUGUUUAAUGCAAUGGGUUCAAUGUAUGCUUCUGUUUUGUUUCUUGGAAUUUCGAAUGCUUCUUCAGUUCAACCUGUGGUGUCUGUCGAGAGAACUGUCUUUUAUAGGGAAAGAGCAGCAGGAAUGUACUCAGCUUUGCCUUAUGCAUUUGGACAGGUUGGAAUUGAAAUCCCUUAUGUCUUUAUCCAAGCAAUCAUAUAUGGGAUCAUAGUUUAUUCAAUGAUUGGGUUUGAAUGGACAGCUGCCAAAUUCUUUUGGUACUUGUUCUUCAUGUUCUUCACAUUCCUAUACUUCACAUACUAUGGCAUGAUGGCCGUAGGCUUAACACCCAAUUAUAACAUCGCUUCCAUAGUAUCUUCAGCAUUUUAUGGAUUGUGGAACCUCUUCUCUGGCUUUAUUAUUCCACGACCAAGGAUGCCUGUCUGGUGGAGAUGGUAUUCAUGGGCAUGUCCUGUUGCAUGGACACUAUAUGGAUUGGUAGCUUCACAAUUUGGAGAUUUACAUGAGACAUUUGAAAAUAGUGAUGUUGUCAUCUCUCAAUUUAUAAGAAGCUACUUUGGAUUCAAACAUGAUUUCUUGGGAGUGGUUGCUGUUGUAGUUGUUGGAUUCGCAGCACUCUUUGCCUUCCUAUUUGGGUUUGCCAUUAAAGCAUUGAACUUUCAAAGAAGAUGAAGGAUUUGAUGAAGUAAAUCAAGAAGUUCUACUAGUCAUGAUUGAAGCAAAAUUUGUUUGUUAUGUGUUCUGUGAGAAGAAAGGUCUUGUGACCUUGAUGUAUUUCUUCAUUUCUUUAUGAUUUUAGGGAAAUGCUAAGGCAAAGUUAUUUUUAUUUGUAAUUAUUUUUUGUAGAUUAUAUGAUUUUCAAUUGUGUCUAAGAUAUGAAAUUAAAUUGUCA